UCUAAUCGGAUUUCUAGUUUAGUUGUUCAAACAGCUGUUGCAGCGUCAGAUCGGUUCUUCUCUCUGACCUCCAUGACAAUUGAGUGGUUCUCAUGGUUGGCGGAGGUGGGGAUGCAGAAGCACACCCCCCUAAUGGUUCUCAACCAUCUGGAAGAGGAGGACAUCGCUCACUUCGACCACGACCUACUGCGCAGCAUCGGCGUUGCCAUUGCGAAGGACCGAUUGCUUAUCCUCAGCCAGAAGAACAAGCACCUUCGUCGGCAGAGAGGCCGGACUAAGGUGGAUGUUCUGAAGAUUGCCGCGGAAGCCCAGUCCACCAUCAUAGAGAGGGUACGAAUGAUGCUGGUGGACGAGAUGAAGCUGCUUCUGUGGAUCAGGAAGUCAUGGCCGCUCUGCCACCGGAACGUGUUACUUGAGGAGGGCUACUUGUCGCCUACCGCCCCACCGCAAGGCUCGCGCGCAGUGACGACAACUACCGAACGUACGCCUCGUGGGAUAGAGCUUCUUUCCAGUGCGAAGGACAUACUGUGGGCUGCACUGUAUGGAAGUGUGGAGACGAACGUGAUGAUCCACCGUGUGGAGCGAGAGCUACUGGUGAUUACAAUCCCGGGAAGUAAGGCGCAUGUAUUCAAUUUCUUCCAGUCUGUGACGGAAGUGGGCGCGCUAGGCACAUGGCGAGACCCUGAGAAUCGGUGCCACGAUGAGGGUGAGCCCAACAUGAUGCUCCAGGUGGAGUACGGGGAGUCCAGCUCGGAGGUAGUCGGAGACGCAAUCAUGGUGUCAAUUCACCUCAUCAACCUUUUGGAAGUUAAUGAAAUCGUCUUGUACGCGAGGUCUUCCAACAUUGAGCAGAGUACACUAUUCACAGAGCUUUACUUCGAGAAGCACGAGGCUGCAUCGGCCAUGAUUCAUGAAUGCUCCUGAGCGUCGCACAAAGAGUCUUGGAAUUCGUCGUCAUCCAGGGACUACACAAUGUGCACAUCUGUUGUUAGAGGUGCCGAAGGUUGACCUUCACUGGUAGAUGCGUCUCAUCUCCGUCAUUUAGAACUCUAUUUGCAGUUUAUUAGCCGAUUCCAGUAACUUCUGUGGGAAUUCGAGCUUGAACUGAAAUCCUGAAAUCCUAGAACCCAAACUUGUCCAACUGGUAGUUGACGUCUACGAGGACAUUUUUGUCGGUUUGAAAUCCGCUUUUGUAACAGAUGUUAUUUCGGCAUUACAAUAUAAUGCACUUUUCAUUGAAAAAAAUGCCUUCAGAAUCCUUAUUUCUGGAUU